AAUGACAUCAAUUGAGGUAUGGGAAUGCGGGUUAGCGUGGAGGAGGCUGGGAGCAGGAUGCGGGGGCAUUAAUACCCCAACGAGGCUCCACCUCCAGCUCGAUCACGAACAACAGCCUAGCCAGAAUACAUGCACCCCGUUCGUCCGGUCGGCUAACUGUAUCGCUAGCCGUGGAUCAUUGCUGUGCUAUUUCAUCUCAUCAGUUGCUCUCUUCGACUACAAAUAGCUGCGUCCUGGAGACUGAACGCAGUGCUUGAUUGAUGGUGAUGACGAUCCAGCGGCCUCUGGGCUGGUAACAUUUUAUCUACCUAUAUAUUGACAUGUCUGGUUAUUACAACACCACACCAGUCUAUAUAUACACACCCCAAUAUACAAUAUACAACACACUAUAACAUUACAUACCAAAAUGUCUCAUCCGCAAGACUCCGUGCAUGAGCACUCCAUUCGCGACCCGGAAUCCUUCUGGGGUCAUCAUGCCCAAAGCCUGCAUUGGCACAAACAACCGUCACGCGUUCUCGAUCUAUCAACCAAGACUCUCUCGGCCAGCGGGAUAACGCACGACCAUUGGCGCUGGUUCCCCGACGGAGAGCUUUCAACGACAUACAACUGCGUUGAUCGACAUGUCGAGAACGGCAAUGGUGACAACGUCGCUAUUGUCUGGGAGUCGUCCGUAACGGGCGUGCGCGAGAGUUAUACGUAUCGGCAGGUGCAGGACGAGAUUGAGGUUCUCGCGGGGGUCCUGCGUGAGGAGGGGGUGCGCAAGGGUGAUGUUGUUAUCAUCUACAUGCCUAUGAUCCCCGCUGCCCUCUUUGCAGCCCUCGCCAUAGCCAGGCUAGGUGCUAUUCACGCUGCUGUCUUUGGAGGAUUCGCAGCGGCCUCGCUGGCCCAAAGGAUCGAGGAUGCAAAGCCGCGAGCCAUAAUGACGGCUUCAUGCGGAAUAGAGGGUUCCAAGGGGCCGCUGUCGUACAGACCGCUUGUAGAAGGUGCCAUUAACCAGAGCAAAUUCAAACCCGACAAGGUCAUUAUCUGGCAGCGAGACGAGCUCCGAUGGAACCAUCCUGAUAAACUGGGUGGGCAACGCAACUGGCAACGCAUUGUCAAGAGUGGCCGAAUGCGAGGUAUUCGAGCAGCGCCGGUUGUUGUGAAUAGCAACGACGGUCUGUAUAUAAUCUACACUAGUGGAACGACCGGUCUUCCAAAAGGAGUUGUACGCGAAGCUGGCGGGCAUGCUGUUGGGUUGAGCCUCUCUAUCAAAUACUUGUUCGGCAUUAAAGGUCCCGGGGAUGUCAUGUUCUGUGCCUCUGAUAUCGGCUGGGUUGUUGGUCAUUCGUAUAUCCUCUACGCACCACUGCUCGUCGGCGCUACUACAAUCUUAUACGAAGGCAAGCCUGUUGGCACACCGGACGCAGGCGAGUUCUGGCGAGUCAUUGAGAAAAACAAAGCCAAUGUCCUGUUCACAGCCCCAACAGCGCUUCGGGCAAUGCGCAAGGAUGACCCGGAAAGCAAACUACUGACAGAAAUAGGUGCGCGGGGGGGACUCAAGUCACUGAAAGCGUUGUUCCUGGCUGGGGAACGGAGUGAACCGAGCAUCGUACGCACAUUUCAGGAUCUACUCACUAGCCAUGCAGCCCCCGGGGCUACGGUGAUCGAUAACUGGUGGUCAUCUGAAUCUGGCUCACCUAUAUCCGGUCUGUCACUGCUGAGUGAACUAGGCUACUUGACGGAUCCAUCUUCAUCAACGGCGGUAACGCCGUUACCGAUCCGACCAGGCUCAGCAGGAAAGCCCAUGCCUGGGUUCGACGUUCGCAUCGUCGACGACGACGGCAACGAAGUCCCACGAGGAACAAUGGGGAACGUAGUAAUGGCCAUUCCCCUCGCCCCUACCGCCUUCACGACCUUAUUCAAUGACGAAGAACGGUUCUACAAGGGCUAUCUCAAGAGAUUCAACGGCCGCUGGGUGGACACCGGGGACGCAGGCCUAAUUGACCAGGAUGGGUAUGUGCAUAUCAUGUCUCGAUCGGAUGACAUUAUCAACGUGGCUGCACAUCGAUUCAGUACUGGUGCCAUCGAGCAAGUGAUCCUAUCACAUCCAGAUAUCGGUGAGGCUAGCGUCGUCGGUAUCCCCGAUAGCCUUAAGGGUCAUCUCCCAUUUGCUUUCAUCCAGCCUCGCAACCCAGGGAGCGGUGAACUACCCGCCACCGCGAGCCCCGAACUGUUUAACGCAGUGAAUAAACUCGUACGCGAGCAGAUUGGGGCCAUCGCCUCGCUGGGCGGAAUGAUUCAGGGACGCGGCAUGAUCCCCAAGACGCGCAGUGGCAAGACGUUGCGGCGUGUACUGCGCGAACUUGUCGAGAAUGCCGUGGUUAAGGGUGACUAUACUGCGGCGGUGAAUGUACCGCCGACAGUAGAAGAUGCAGAGGUUGUUGAAGUUGCUCGAGCGCGAGUUCGGGAGUAUUUUCAAAGUCGCAAGGGAGAAAGCGGAGUCAAGGCGAAGUUGUAAUUAGCGUGGUACGUACCUGAAGAAUGUCGCUGGAAUGGGCAGUUGGUUUAAGCUUAAAGCAGGCAUGUUGAAUGCACUUAAUCCAUACACCACGUGGCUACGGACACUGCAUAUCUACGUCCGCAAUAAAUAAUGAACAAACCAUAUCAAUUAGACUAGACCAGACCAUAUUGUAAUAGUAAAAAUAGGGAAUCAAUUGAAUACAAUGAAUGC